AUGCUCAGAUCAAAGAUAAAGCCAGCCAGUACCUUCAACUCUUUCAGGUCUUUCAUCAAACAAAGAUCCAUCUCAACCGAACCAUCCACUCCAGCAAUCAAUGAAGUUGUUGGUAACAACAUCAAAGUGAUCCAUAAUCACAAAUGGACAUCUUUUGAAUUCCUAAACCAAAAUAAAUCAUUCAGUUACAACAAUACUUUUCUUAGAGAUUCUUCAACUUCUUCAAGCUCAAUUGAUCCAGAAUCUGGCCAAAAAUUAUUCACCACGGCUUCAAUUAUUGAAAGUUACCCAAAAUCAAUUGAAUUCCCUGCUAAUGAUCGUAUUCAAAUCACUUGGAAUGAUGGUGAAAUAUCAGAGUUUGAUCAAUCUUUCUUGGAAUCAAAUGCAACUAUUGAAAAUAGAAAAUUCGGUAAAUAUUUCGAUGAAGAUAUAGUUACAUGGGAUAUAAACAAAGAAUUAACUAUUGAUAAUGUUCCGAAAAUUGAUUAUAAUGAUUAUUUAACUAAAAAGGAAUCAAUUUCAAAAGUUUUAGAGAACUUAAACAAAUACGGUUUAAGUCAAAUUAUAAACAUUCCAACUAAAUCUGAUAAGGAUCAUGAUUCAUCUCCAAUUGUUCAACAAAUUGGUGAAAGAAUUGGUUAUAUCAAACAAACUUUUUAUGGUACCGUGUUCGAUGUUAGAAGCGUUCCAAAUGCUAAAAAUAUAGCUUAUACAAGCCAAUUUUUACCUUUACAUCAAGAUUUAUUAUAUUAUGAAUCACCUCCUGGUCUUCAAUUGUUACAUUUCAUCAAAAACAAAUCAAUUGGUGGUGAAAAUGUCUUUGCUGAUGGGUUUGCUGCUGCAAGACAUGUUAAGACUGUGGAUCCUGAAGCUUAUCUAGCUUUACAAAGUGUUCCAAUCAAUUAUCAUUAUGAUAAAGAUGGCCAUUCUUAUUAUUAUUCAAGACCUUUAAUUGUGGAAAAUGAAGUUGUUGGGCAAGGUGUUUAUGGUGAAAAAGAUCAUUUCAAAGAGGUUAAUUAUUCUCCUCCUUUCCAAGCACCUUUUGAUUUUGGUAUCACUGAAUUAGGUGAUAGACACGUUUUCCAAGAUUUCCUUAGAGGUUUAAAAGAAUUUGAAGAUUAUAUCAAUGAUCCUGAAAACCAAUUGAAAUUCAAAGUUGAAGAAAACACUUGUAUCAUAUUUGAUAAUAGAAGAGUCCUACACGCAAGAGACCAAUUUGAUAAUAAUAGUGGAGAAAGAUGGUUGAAAGGUUGUUAUAUAGAUAAAGAUGCUUAUUUAUCUAAAUUAAGAGUUACAAAGAAGCAAAUCAAAUGAUUUGAUGGCUUCUUAUUUAUUUAUUCUGCAAAUUUACUUGUAAGAGCGAAAGGUUUUAUGGUUGUACAAAUGAGUAUCUAUAGUACUGAUCACGUGUAACGUCACGUGUAACGUCACGUGAAUGACUGUUUUUGUGUUGACGAUUUUUUUUUAUAAAGUUUUGAACGCGUCAAAUUUCACGGCCC